AAUGUCACGCUGUUUGCAUCAGGCUGGAUCUCCGUCUCGGCCGCUGAGUUUCACACUGUGGAGUCUCAGCCUGGUGAAGAAGUCACACUGUUCUGCUCCAACUUUACCAGAUUUCCCUUCCACAUAUACUGGUUCAAAUUAAGUAACAGCUCCAACAACAGCUGCAUUUCCUCUAUGAUGAGCUCUGAUGGAAAUACUUCAUUCUGUGAUGGAUUUCAAAAUGGCAAAUUUAACAUGUCAUCAAACACCACUACUCUCUUUCUGAGGAUCAAACAAUUGGAAUUAUCUGACUCUGGACUGUACUUCUGUGGACUUUACUCAAAUAGAAACUCAGCUAUUGUCAGCACAACAUACCUUAAGGUUCAAGAAACGUUUGAUGGAAUAGCAAAGCCGAUGAGUGUGAUCCUGGGUGCUGUCAUUAUCGUCCUCGCUGUAGCUGUCACUGGUCUGGUGGUCAGAAUCAGCAAACUCCAUACAGCUCAAAAAGACGCAAAGGAUCCACAACGCAGUGAGAAUCUGGACUCUGAUGAGCUGAAGGACGCCGCCCUGACUUUGUAUUCACCAACAAUGAUAAGGAGGAGGCCUGCAUCAGAGAGAGCAGUGGAGACUCAUGUUGUUUAUUCUGCCUGCGCAUAGACUCAGGAAUCAUAUUUUAACUGCAUCUCAUGCUGGCACCGGACUUCUUAUUGUCAACAAAGUCUGUUUUUGUUUUGCUGUCUGCGCCCCCCGUCUCCCCCCGCUGUCUCUCUCGGCCAAAAGUGUGUCACGUCGUUUCGACAAAAGGAUAUGCGCGGGAGUGGAAGGUGUGAAUGAGUUUCACCUCCCUUGUUUGACAGGAAGAGACAGCACGGUGUGGUCUGGGCCUGACUGAGGUGAAAAACCGUG